GUAUCAAAUCCAUUCCAUUCUAACCUCCGGCCAUAAUUCCAACACUUACGUUCCACGCUGCUCCGCAUCUCAUAUCUUUUAUUAUAUUUUAUAUAAAUUUGAACGAACGAACAAUCGUAUUAAACGAUGUUUGGCCGAUUGAUUUCUAGUUUUUUAACUGCAUUUCCACAUAACGCAGCAAGCAAUGGGCUCGUUCGACCGUUGAACGUACCACUUGGACCGAAUCAGUGUCAAUGGAAUUUCACAUCCGUCAGAACAAAAUUCUUCUAUAUAACGAAGCCGAGGUAUAACUUUGCGAAACCUUCCGAGUACAAACGCGUUACAAGAUUGGGAUGGUAUGCAAGAAUGUCUACGCCUGCGGGUAGACGAAUUCUUAUGAGAAGAAUAUUAAAAGGCAAACAUGUCUUAAGUCAUUAAUUAUUCUAUGCAAUAUUUCUGUGGUUGUUCGUAAAAUAUCAAUCGAGAUGUUAAAUGUC